AUGAGGGCUUGGAACGCAGCUAUAGCAGCCCUCUUCGCGACGUCACGCGCUGAACGGAUUGCGUUACUCCUCAGCGGCGCCGUCUCGCGAGAAGGUGGCAACUUCGUCGACAAAUUACCAGGGAGUGGUGGCGAGUACAGCGAUAUCGAGUUCUGCGCUUCGACCAUUACGAAGCACGUAAUCGAGGCGAACACGGACGCGAACACGACCUGGGACGUGCUCAUACACUCGUGGAACCCGGAUCUCAGAGACCGCUUCGAGAGCCUCUACGACUUCGCCGCCACCGAGUUCGAGGACAACGAGCCGUAUCCGGCUCGACUCGCGAACGUCUUUGCGUCGGGUCCAAGCGCGCCGGCCUGGACGCGCGAGCCGGAGGAGCAGCACUUUGGCGCGUUAAGCCACAGUUUAAGCCACGCCAAGGUCGCCGCGCUCGCGCUCGCCCACGAGCAAGCUACCGGCGUUCGGUACGAUCGCUUCGUCCUGACUCGGCCCGACCUCCUCCUGUUCCGCGACCUGCCGCUGACGCGCCUGAGCCGCAAGCUGGGCGAGGCCUACUGCAACUCGCACGGCGGCGCCGGCGGCGACUUCCACUUCGUGCUCGAGCGCUGGCACGUCGAGGCCGUCGCCGCGAACCUCGACACCAUCCUCGCGCUCGCGGCGAACCCGCCGUUGGAGCAUCCGAAGCCCUACCUCACGUCCGGUCACGGCAUGAUGAGGGCCUUCCUCGACCACGCCCUCGGCCCGGCGGCCGCGUGCGACCCCGCGGCCCGCGACGCGCGGUGCCGCGGCGUGCUCUCGAUCGACCUCGUCAUCUUCGCUGGGUUCGACCAGGAGGUCUACCGCAAGACGCCCUUCCACUUGCUUCUGCUAUGUCCCAAGGCACCAGUCCGCCAGGCCGUCCUCGCGUACCUCGUCGCGACCUACGGCCUCAGCGCGGAGUCGACGGCGAUGCUCGAGCGCAAAGCGAAAAGGAUGGGCUGCAAGGGCACCACCGCGCUGUCCAAGGCCGAUGUCUUCUCCGCGCUCAACUUCUGCUCAGUGCUGCGCCUCGCGUGCAUCCGCGCGGCGCUCGCGCUCGCGCCGAUUUGCUACGAGUGGAACGCCGCGACGGACGGCGUCGCCGCCGCGGCGCGGCGCGCGCAGUUCGCCGCCGACAUCUGGCGCAAGGCGCCGCUGCUCAUCCGCGGCGCGCUCGACGCGGAGGCGCUGGACCGCGCCUGCGACGUGGACCUGCUGGCGGGCCUCGCCCUCGAGGACGACGUCGUGUCGCGGCUCGUGACGGCGCCGGCGUUCGCCGUCGAGGUCGGCCCCUUCGACGCCGCGCGGCUCGAGGCGCUGCCGGACCGCGGCUGGACGCUGCUCCUCAACGACGCGGACCGGUGCUCGCCGGACGUCGCGGCGCUCUGGCCCGCGGCGGCGCACUGGUGCCUGGGCGCGCAGGGCGCGGGCUGGCGCCGCGACGACGUCAUGGCGUCGCUCGCGGCCGACGGCGGCGGCGUCGGCCCGCACGUCGACUCGUCGGACGUAUUCCUCGUCCAGGCGCGGGGGUCGCGGCGCUGGAGCGUGGAGCUCGGCUUCGUCGACGAGGCCGAGGAGCGGCGGCGGACGAGGGACGCCGACGGCUGCUGCCGGACGCUCGCGGACUUUCGCGCGGACGCGGCGUGGACGCUGGAAGCCGGCGACCUGCUCUACGUGCCGCCGCGACUGCCCCACGACGGCGUCGCCCUGGGGGACGGCGUCUCCUCGACCUUCUCCUUCGGGCUGCGGACCUACGCGCCGCGGCCCCUCGCGUGGCGCUGGGCCGACGAGGCGCUGGCGCCCGCGGCCGACGAGGUCGACGUCCUCGCCGACCCGGCCUGGGACCCGGCGGACGGCGCCACGGUGCCCGCCGCGGCGCUGGCGACGGCGAAGGACGCCGUGCGCGCCGCCGUCGACGCGCGGCUCGCCGACGGCGACGGCUUCGCGGCCUGGUUCGGGGGGCUGGUCACGGCGCCGCGCGCGGACGCGCCGGACGACGCCGCGGCCGGCGCGGACUGGGACGACGCGCUCGCGGCGAGCCUCGGCGGCGACAUCGUCGCCCUCGACGACGCCGACGCCCUCGCCCACGCCGCGGGCGCGCGCUUCGCGCGCGUGCCCGCGGAGAACGGCGUGCUCCUCUGCGCGAACGGGUCCUGCCGGAGGCUCGACCCGGCGCUCGGCGACUUCGUUGGGCGCCUCGCGUCGACCCCGGCCAUCGACCUCGCCGACAUCCGCGCGGACCUCGACGCGUCCGCGCACGCGCGCGCGGUCGUCGCGGAGCUCGUCGCCGAGGGGGACCUCCUCCCGCUGCGGACGACGUAG